AGAAGGAAGAGGAGAAAAAUGACUAAGUUCCAGGAGGCCGUGACGUUCAAGGAUGUGGCUGUGGUCUUCACCGAGGAGGAGCUGGGGCUGCUGAACUCUGGCCAGAGGACACUGUACCGAGACGUGAUGCUGGAGAACUUCAGGAACCUGGUCUCCUUGGGACAUCAGUUCUUCAAGCCGGAUGUGAUCUCGCAAUUGGAGAGAGAGGAGAGGCUGUGGGUGAAGGGGUUCCAGACCCAGAGAGGAGGCAAGAACCAGAAUGAGAGGGAGACUCUUCCGGAGGCCGGUCUGAGGCGCUUGUCCUUGAGAGCGCUGUCUUGCUGGCAAAUCAGAGGCCACGUGAGCAAGUUAACCAGGAGCCCAGAAGCCGUGGUGAACAUUCAAGCCAGGAGUCUGGGGUUCGCCAGACAGCAAGAGCUCCCGUGGCCAGGUGGGGCAGACAUCUCCGAAGGCGACAGCUGUGUCAAGAAACUCACAGGUAAUGAGGCCUGUGCGACUGAAAAUGGAGACUCAGACUCCCACGCCGGGAAAAUGCUGAAUUCUUGGGAGAGAGUCCAUCUGAGUGAGACCCGGAGCCAGCAGGGACGGAGUAAGCAAACCCGGAGGACAAACGGAGUCUGUGUGUUUACUCCGUGUGCUGACAUUUUCAAUUGCAUCUCACCCCAUCGUGACAGUAAAGCGUGCAAAAGAGAGAAGGCGUGUAGGAGCAAAGACUAUGGUCAGGACAUGAAGGUGGGGCCCCUUCAGGGUGACACCGUUCUCGCAGGACGGAAGACGUGCCUGUGUCAGGAAUGUGCAGACGCCCCCCUCGGCGCCCCCGGGCUGAAGGUCCACCAGCGGGCCCACGUGGGGAAGGAGCUGCCUCCGCCGUGCCGCCCACACUUGAAGGAUGGUGUCUGUGUCUCAGGUCCGGGUGCUGUCCGCUCAGAGAAGAGACGCUACUGGUGUCACGAGUGUGGGAAGGGCUUCAGUCAGAGCUCCAACCUGCAGACGCACCAGCGUGUACACACAGGGGAGAAGCCCUACACCUGCCCGGAGUGCGGAAAGAGCUUCAACCAGAGCUCGCACCUGUACGCUCACCUGCCCGUCCACACCGGGGAGAAGCCCUACCGGUGCGGGAGCUGCGGAAAGGGCUUCAGUCGGAGCACCGACCUCAACAUCCACUGCCGGGUCCACACCGGGGAGAAGCCAUAUAGGUGUGAGGAGUGCGGGAAGGGCUUCACGCAGAGGUCGCACCUGCAGGCCCAUCAGAGGGUUCACACCGGGGAGAAGCCGUACACAUGCGGGGACUGCGGCAAGCACUUCAGCUGCAGCUCCAACCUGCACACCCAUCGGCGUGUCCACACCGAGGAGAAGCCGUACAGGUGUGGCGAGUGCGGGAAGAGCUUCAGCCUGAGCUUCAAUCUGCACAGCCACCAGCGGGUCCACACUGGGGAGAAGCCCUACCAGUGCGCCGAGUGUGGGAAGGCCUUCAGCUCGGCCUCGAGCUUCCAGAGCCACCGUCGGGUCCACACGGGAGAGAAGCCGUUCCGGUGCAAUGUGUGCGAGAAGGGCUUCAGCCAGAGCUCGUAUUUCCAGGCCCAUCAGCGGGUCCACACGGGCGAGAAGCCGUACAAGUGUGAGGUGUGUGGGAAGCGCUUCAACUGGAGCUUGAACCUGCACAACCAUCAGAGGGUCCACACGGGAGAAAAGCCCUACAGGUGUGAGGAGUGUGGGAAAGGCUUCAGUCAGGCCUCGAACCUGCAGGCUCACCAAAGCGUCCACACUGGGGAGAAGCCCUUCAAGUGCGAGGCGUGUCAGAAAAGGUUCAGCCAAGCUUCGCACCUCCAGGCCCAUCAGCGGGUCCACACGGGAGAGAAGCCGUACAGGUGUGAAACAUGUGGCAAGGCCUUUAGCCAGAGGUCAAACCUGCAGGUGCACCAGAUCAUCCACACUGGGGAGAAGCCAUUUAAGUGUGAGGAGUGCGGGAAGGAGUUCAGCUGGAGUGCGGGACUCAGUGCCCAUCAGAGGGUCCACACGGGAGAGAAGCCAUACACAUGUCAGCAGUGUGGAAAGAGCUUCAGCCAGGCCUCACACUUCCACACGCACCAGAGGGUCCACACCAGAGAGAAGCCGUACAUCUGUGAUGUCUGCUGUAAGGGUUUCAGUCAGCGAUCACACCUUGUAUACCAUCAGAGAGUUCACAGUAAUCUCUAG